AUGCAGUACGUGACACUCGUGGUGGUGGGGGUGGUGGUGGUGGUGUUGUGUUCGAUUUACUACACACCACCACCACCUUCAUAUUCGCCCCCACCACCUUCAUAUUCGCCCCCACCACCUUCAUAUUCGCCCCCACCACCUUCAUAUUCGCCCCCACCACCUUCAUAUUCGCCCCCACCACAUUCAUAUUCGCCCCCACCACAUUCAUAUUCGCCCCCACCACAUUCAUAUUCGCCCCCACCACCUUCAUAUUCGCCCCCACCACCUUCAUAUUCGCCCCCACCACCUUCAUAUUCGCCCCCACCACCUUCAUAUUCGCCCCCACCACCUUCAUAUUCGCCCCCACCACCUUCAUAUUCGCCCCCACCACCUUCAUAUUCGCCCCCACCACCUUCAUAUUCGCCCCCACCACCUUCAUAUUCGCCCCCACCACCUUCAUAUUCGCCCCCACCACAUUCAUAUUCGCCCCCAACACCUUCAUAUUCGCCCCCACCACCUUCAUAUUCGCCCCCACCACCUUCAUAUUCGCCCCCACCACCUUCAUAUUCGCCCCCACCACAUUCAUAUUCGCCCCCAACACCUUCAUAUUCGCCCCCACCACCUUCAUAUUCGCCCCCACCACAUUCAUAUUCGCCCCCACCACCUUCAUAUUCGCCCCCACCACCUUCAUAUUCGCCCCCACCACCUUCAUAUUCGCCCCCACCACCUUCUUAUUCGCCCCCACCACAUUCAUAUUCGCCCCCACCACAUUCAUAUUCGCCCCCACCACAUUCAUAUUCGCCCCCACCACCUUCAUAUUCGCCCCCACCACCUUCAUAUUCGCCCCCACCACCUUCAUAUUCGCCCCCACCACCUUCAUAUUCGCCCCCACCACCUUCAUAUUCGCCCCCACCACCUUCAUAUUCGCCCCCACCACCUUCAUAUUCGCCCCCACCACCUUCAUAUUCGCCCCCACCACCUUCAUAUUCGCCCCCACCACCUUCAUAUUCGCCCCCACCACAUUCAUAUUCGCCCCCACCACCUUCAUAUUCGCCCCCACCACAUUCAUAUUCGCCCCCACCACAUUCAUAUUCGCCCCCACCACCUUCAUAUUCGCCCCCACCACCUUCAUAUUCGCCCCCACCACCUUCAUAUUCGCCCCCACCACCUUCUUAUUCGCCCCCACCACCUUCAUAUUCGCCCCCACCACCUUCAUAUUCGCCCCCACCACCUUCAUAUUCGCCCCCACCACCUUCAUAUUCGCCCCCACCACCUUCAUAUUCGCCCCCACCACCUUCAUAUUCGCCCCCACCACCUUCAUAUUCGCCCCCACCACCUUCAUAUUCGCCCCCACCACAUUCAUAUUCGCCCCCACCACAUUCAUAUUCGCCCCCACCACAUUCAUAUUCGCCCCCACCACCUUCAUAUUCGCCCCCACCACCUUCAUAUUCGCCCCCACCACCUUCAUAUUCGCCCCCACCACCUUCAUAUUCGCCCCCACCACCUUCAUAUUCGCCCCCACCACCUUCAUAUUCGCCCCCACCACCUUCAUAUUCGCCCCCACCACCUUCAUAUUCGCCCCCACCACAUUCAUAUUCGCCCCCACCACAUUCAUAUUCGCCCCCACCACAUUCAUAUUCGCCCCCACCACAUUCAUAUUCGCCCCCACCACCUUCAUAUUCGCCCCCACCACCUUCAUAUUCGCCCCCACCACCUUCAUAUUCGCCCCCACCACCUUCAUAUUCGCCCCCACCACCUUCAUAUUCGCCCCCACCACCUUCACCCUUGACCCCACCUCCUUAG